AGCUUCUGUUCACGUUGUUGUGACGUCUCGCGAGACUUGACCAACACCACAAAUUUCCUCGCUAACUAGCCACGGCUAACGAGUAACAUGUACGCAACAACAGUGUGACAGAAGGAGCCUUCGGGAGAACUCUGGCAAUGGAGUGUAGAAACAUCGCGGACCAAUGUCCAUUGGUCCAGGCUAUUUUCAGCCGAAAUGCUGAAGAAGUGACGUUUUUGUUGAGCCAUCAAGAAGAUGUCAAUUUGUUGGACCACCAACAAAGCACGCCUCUUCACGCUGCUGCGUAUUUGGGUGAUGUUCAUAUUAUGGAACUUCUUCUCACCGCGGGUGCCAAUGUUAAUGCUAAGGACCAUGGCUUGCUGACACCUUUACAUCGAGCAGCUGCAUCCAGAAAUGAAAGGGCUGUGGAGCUGCUCCUAAAGCACAGCGCGGAGAUCAACGCACAAGACAAAUUCUUGCAAACACCAUUACACAUGGCGGCGGCAAACUGGGCUGUCGGCUGUGCUGAAUCGCUGAUACGUGUUGCGUGCGGCCUGGAUGUUUACGACCGGUCGGGAAGAACACCCUUGCAUCACGCGGCACACAGUGGACACGGCGAGAUGGUGAACCUGCUUCUCAGCAAAGGCGCCAACGUGAGCACCAAAGACAAAAAAGAAAGGCAGCCGAUACACUGGGCUGCAUAUCUUGGACAUUUGGACGUUGUGAAGAUGCUGGUGUCUCACAGUGCAGAUGUAACAUGCAAAGACAAACGUGGCUACACUCCUCUCCAUGCUGCAGCCAUCAGUGGACAUUUCGAUGUGGUCAAAUAUCUGUUGAGACUGGGAGUGGAGGCCGAUGAAGCCAACGUGCAUGGCAACACGGCGCUCCACAUGGCCUGCCACACGGGCCAAGACACAGUUGCCACCGAGCUGGUCAACUGCGGCGCUAACAUCAACCAGCCCAACCACCGAAGCAGCACCCCGCUGCAUCUGGCUGCCGCCUCCUCCACGGGGGUGCUGUGUGUCGAGCUGCUCAUAAACAAUGGCGCCGACGUCAACAUGCAGAAUAAAGAUGGGAAGAUCCCUUUACAUAUGGCCGCCAUGCACGGACGCUUCACAGGCUCCCAGAUCCUUAUACAAAAUGGAAGUGAAAUCGACUGUGUUGACAUAUUUGGGAACACUCCUCUUCAUGUGGCCGCCCGAUACGGUCAGGAGUUGCUGAUCAGCACUCUGCUUACUAACGGUGCUGACAAAGCCAGACAGGGGAUUCAUGGGAUGCUUCCGCUACACUUGGCUGCACUGUACGGCUUUCCAGACUGCUGUCGCAAAUUGCUCUCGAAUGGCCAGUAUUACAACAUCAUGCAGUCUCCGACAAGUUGCCAGAUGCUGUCUUUUGGGUUUGAUAUCAACACGCAGGAUGACUUUGGGAGGACAUGUCUACAUGCCGUUGCCUCUGGAGGAAACGUUGACUGUCUCAACCUACUGAUAAGCAGCGGCGCUGAACUGGAUAUGAAGGAUCAUUUGGGAAGGUCUCCUUUGCACUACGCCGCAGCCAACGGGAACAGCCAGUGUACAGUCACGCUGGUGAGAAGCGGCUCCGAGGUCAACGAGUUAGACCUGAUGGGCUGCAGUCCUCUGCACUACGCCGCUGCUUCACACACAUUCGUUGGAGGGGAGCCGAGCGCCGAUUGCAAUGUGGAAAAGGAACAAGAAGCUUCUCUAUGUUUGGACUACCUGCUGGACAGCGGUGGAAACCCAACUGUAAAGAAUACUAAAGGUUAUAGUGCCGUCCACUAUGCGGCAGCUUACGGCAACAGGCAGCAUCUGGAACUGCUCCUGGAGAUUUCUUUCAACUGUUUAGAAGAGGCUGAAAGUAAUGUUCCAGUUAGUCCUUUGCACUUAGCUGCAUAUUACGGUCACUGCGAGGCUCUACGCCUGCUGUGUGAGACGUUAGUGAGUUUGGACGUACGAGAUAUUGAAGGUCGAACAGCACUCCACCUUGCCGCUCAGAGAGGCUUCACGUCGUGCGUGGAGGUGCUGCUGGACCAUCAGGCUUCCUGCGUCCUGAAGGAUUACAAAGAAAAGAGAACAGCCGUGCAUGCUGCAGCUUCCGAGGGCCACAUGGAUUGUCUGCUUUUGCUGGUCAAUAGAGAACAAAGCGCUGACAUCAUCGACAGCCCAGACACACUUGGACAGACAGCUCUCAUGUUGGCGGCUUUGGGCUGUCACACCGAUUGUGUGCACAUCCUGUUGGAAAAAGGAGCAAAACCAGACACUGGCGACAAAAAGGGCUUCACUGCAUUACAUCGAGCUGCUAUGCUGGGCAGUGACGACUGUACCUCAGCUUUGUUGGAGCACGGCGCCUCUGCUCUGUGUCGAGACUCUCGGGGAAGGACGGCGUUGCACCUCGCCGCAUCCCGUGGCCACACACAGCUACUGCACACUCUGCUGCAGGCCGCACACAAGGCAGACCCUUUGGACUUCAUGUUGGAUUACAGAGGCUACACGCCCACCCACUGGGCUGCCUACCAUGGGCAUGAAGAAUGUUUACGCAUUUUACUUGAAAACAAACUUUUUAGCAACCAGGAAGGAAAUUCCUUCAACCCGCUGCACUGUGCACUGAUUAAAGGACACGAUGUCGCUGCUGGACUUCUAGUAAAGACGAUUGGCCCUCACAUAGUUGGAAUUAGUGACGUCAAAGGAAGGACGCCGCUGCAUGCGGCUGCCUACUCGGGAAAUGUUCCAGGCCUUCAACUGGCCCUGACCAACGGAGCAGAGGUCAACGGCGUGGACCGGAGUGGUUGCUCUGCUCUGAUGAUUGCCGCCGACUGUGGACAUACCGUCGCUGUCGAAUUUUUGCUGCACAAGGCCAAGCCAGACCUGACCCUCGUGGAUGUCAAUAAUAACACAGCCCUUCACUUAGCCUGCAUUAAGGGUCAGGAGAUGUGCGCCUUACUGCUUCUCGGAGAAAUCAAUGAUCCCUCACUCAUAAAUGCGACAAAUAAUGCGCUUCAAAUGCCCCUUCACAUCGCGGCGAGGAAAGGUCUGGCGACUGUUGUGCAGGUUUUACUCAGCAGAGGUGCGGCGGUCAUGGCGGUGGAUGGCGAAGGCCACACUCCAGCACUGGCCUGCGCCCCCAACAAGAAAGUGGCAGACUGCCUGGCCCUGAUCCUUUCCACCAUGAAGCCUUUUCCCCUGCGGGAGUCCAACAACGCCACGGCGUCCUGCUUCAACCCGACUUUGAAGAACUGCGGCAUGGCCGCCAACUGCGGGUCCAAUGGGAGCCUGUGCCACGUCUACGCCAAGGGCCGGUCGGGCACCGUGGGCUUGCACGGGUGUCUGACUGAGUGAGCGGGUGUAGCAUUUCUGUAUUCAUCGACAUUAUCCAGCCUAUGCUUUGUCAACCUUAUUAAUAACUGCGUAUGUAAGUCUUACACAUGACUAAUAUUAGACCUCUCGGCACUUUUGCUUUAGUUGAAUGAAGUUAUUACACAAAUUUGUUACUUUUUGUCGCUCUUCAUGUAACCUGCAAACACAUUACUCUCAGCUGCUAUAAGCCAAAAUGCUUGAAAGAUUUUUGUGUGGUAUAUGUGUGUGUGUGUGUGUGCAGGAGCGUAGUGUUUCUUUAUCUACUUUUUAGCGCAUUUUAUCCCUUAUGCAAUUAAGAUACCCUUUCCAGGGUGUAGCAGACACUAAACUGAUAAAGAUUUAUGCUUAUUUGUGUCAUGUCAAUAUCCUCAUGGCUAUAUUUUAGCUUUUUUUUUUUAAUUCUAAAUGAAGGAACAACCUCACGUGUGUAUAUAUGCUGUGGUGCAUUCACAAUAACAGCAUAAUAAAAGAUGGCUUUGUUUGUUUAGCUAUAGUAUUACAGUAAGAAAGCCUGAAAAUAGAACAAAGGAAGUCACAUAGAAUAUAGAAAUCUAUUUAUGUUUACAUGUCAGAUGGAACUGUUUUUAAUUCACAAGGGCCUACUUCGCUUGAUGACAUGUUUUCAAAUGAAAGUUACUUUUCCAAAGCCACAAACAAUUAAAUGAGCACAGUAAUACCUAAAAUCAAGCAUGUUUUCUUUUAUGGUUUGAAAUUUGUAAGCCGACCCAUUCUGUGGCCUUGGCAUUUUUUUAAACAAUAUCUUAAAAUGGCUUUAACUUAUUUGCACUCUUUUUGUCACGGUUGUGUACAUUUUUACAGCAUCAUGCAACCUUUUAAAUUUGGCUUAUAUAUUAUUGAAAUCUUCUCAUUCUGAGCAUUUUUUUUUUAAUUGGGCUAAAAAUGAUUACAGGUAUGUAAAAAUGCUAGAUACUGUAAUAUUGACUGUAUCAUGAAGUGUGGAAGCUGUAAUGUGAACAAAUGUGUCUUCCGUACAGUCUAUUGACAUUUCAGGGUAUACCAACUUGAAUACUGUGGGGGUUAACUUGAAAAAAUUAAAAACACUAAUUUGUGAUGCUUA